UUUGUGGUAUAUUUUAUCCUACACAACCAGCUUUGCUGUCCUGUGAAAGCGAGUUACACUGUGGACAUGAAUGGACAUACCGCGGCUGGCUCUGCCUUCUUCACGCACGGCAGCGGCUUGCCGCCUGCCGGCGGAGAGAUCAGCAAAUCCACCCAGAACCUCAUCAGCGCCAUGGAGGAGGUGCCAGCAGACUGGGAGAGGGCUUCCUUGCAGCCUGCCAGUCAAGCUAGUGCUGCCUUCACACCGAGUCCACAAAAUGGCAAUGUCUUCCACCCUUCUGGAGGAUUUAGUAACAGCUCGCUGGUUGCUGAUGAGGAAUCACAGGAAUUUGAUGACCUGAUAUUUGCUUUAAAGACUGGUGCAGGUCUCAGCGUCAGUGAUAAUGAUUCUUGCCACGGCAGCCAGGAUGGCGGCAGCAUGGCGAACUCCCAGAUCGUAGAGCUUAGAAGAAUACCUAUAGCAGACACUCAUCUCUAACUUCCUGCUUUUUUUUUUUAAUUCAAACUUCAGUAUUUUUAUAUUUGUACUUCCUUUUGCACUAAAACCCUAUAUGAAGCUGUGUAGUAGAAUGCUGUGAGUUGUACUGAACGUUUUAACAAAGCAUGUGUUUUUGUAUAUCUGAGAAUAAGCUGUAAAACUUUACAGUGACUGAACAUCGACAGAUAUAAUGACAAUUGGCCUAGAUUUGUAUCUUCUAGCUAGAGGCACAUAUUUUGUGAACUGUAGCUUUUUUAAUUAACCUGUAUGUGUAACACUGUUUAAUAAAAAUAAUA